CAUGCAUUGAGGUAUGUGUACAAUUUGAGGUGGUAGUGGUGGGGAAACGGGUUGUCGUUUUAUUUCUUUGUACAUUGUUGAUAGCCCUUAAAACUAUAAGAAUUAAAUAAUCACAGUUUUUGUUAUGGGCUAGUGUCAGUUGGAGAGAACCAUUGACAGUUUAUUAUGAAAUAGUGAUAUAUUUGUGAUAUUUCAAUAAGUAGACAUAUGGAUUUUUAACAUUUCGUAUUUUAAUGUAAGCUGUUUCUUCAGGGUAAAUAAAUAAUUAAAUAAUCAAACUAACACAAGUUUAAGUAGUAUACAAGAACAGGGAAAAAUAUUUAGUUCAAUCGAAAUACAUAUAGAUUUGACAAUGUUAAUGUUACGUGAAUUUUUUGGUCAAGGUGAUUCUAUAUGAGACACCGAUGGAUUUAUUCGUGUGGAUAUGAAAAAACCAUAUCAAGAAAAAUCCCAGAGUUUUCGGAGUAAAAACAGUAGUAGUGAAGUCAACGAGAACACAAGUGGGGACAACCAAAUAUAUUUGAAUACAAAAUUACAGAAUCUCUUAGUAAAAUCUAAGAACUAUAUACUAUAUACUUCAUUUGCAAAAUGUCCAUCAAUUGUCUCAGACUUUAUUGUUUCUUCAUUUCCAUACUAAUCACUCUGCGUUCUCUUCCCUUCGAUCUUCUAAAUCUUCCGCCGCCAGGCAUUCCAUUUUCGACUGGUGAUACAUACUACUAGUAUCUGUCAACAUCAAUAGCACACAUCACAGUAGUAGUGGAGAAAAUUAGGUACACGAAAAUAAAAUAAGGUUUAAAUAGAAUACAGGACUCAGCUUCUAAAAGACGACAAGAGGUGAGUGCACCUAUAUCACUGCAAAGGAUUCUGAGCAAUGUCACCCAAAGUCCCUAACCAAUUUGGUUAAGAUAAUCCUGCGGACCCUAAUCGGGCGAUCUAUAUCUAUUUACAUGACUCUAUCCAAUUGUUAAUAACUUCAUGGACUAAUACCACGUCUUGAUUUGGCCACCUCUAGUUUUCUCCCAAACUACUCCUAUACCAGACAACAUCACCAGUCGAGGUAGUACAGUAUAAUAAUAAUGAUAAUAAUAAUAAUAAUAAUAAAUGCAUUUGUGUAUACAUAAUUCCUUUAUUUUUUAGAAUUCCUUUUUAUUUUAAUUCUUGUUGAAAUUAGAACAUUUGUCAAGCAAAUUAAAUCACAAUUUACAUAAAAUGCAAGCUGUAAUUUAAAAAUGAAUUCGCAGAAUAAAAAACGUAUAUACAGGAUAAUUUUGAAUUCGAAAUCUAAUGGGAAACUUAAAGUCAAUGGAUUUGUAGCAUUGCGAUCAGUUCUAAGUCAUGCCAGUCAGUCAGUCAUCUACAAUACACAGAACCAGGCACAUAUAAGUCAUGUUCCUUAAACUAGUAUCAAAAUAUUCAGGAUAUUUGAUAUUCAAUUCGUAUUUUCCAUAUAUUUUUUAAUUCUCUUGUCAAUUUUUCAUUAACUUUCCAGUCUCUUAUUUAUAAUUUUUUUCUUUCUAUAAAAAAAUACUUGUUUUUUAGUGUUCAGCUAAAACUAUGUUAAAUUUAAGUGAAACAUUUUGGUUUGCUCAAAAAGCUGUUCUUUAUCCGACUGCUCCUUUGUAUAAUGCUGAAAAGAAAGAACUUACACCAGAGUGUAUACGUGCUUUAACAAGAAUAUUUCGAAUAUGUGAUACGGACAAUGAUGGUUAUUUAUCCGACCGUGAAUUGGAAGCAUUUCAGACACGUUGCUUCUCUAUUCCAUUAACAGCACAAUCAUUACAUGAUGUGAAACAAUUGGUUAAACAAUCAUGUCCCGGUGGUGUUACUGUGAAUGGAUUAACUCAAAAAGGAUUUCUUUUCCUGCAUUUAAUGUUUAUACAAAAAGGACGUCAUGAGACUACAUGGACUGUAUUACGUAGAUUUGGUUAUAGUAAUCACAUGAGAUUAUCUGAACAGUUUAUCUAUCCAAAAUUUUCCAUUGCUUCCGGAUGCAGUACAGAAAUAUCACCUGUGGGGAUACAGUUUUUAAACACAUUAUUUAAUAAAUAUGACUUGGAUAGAGAUGGAUGCUUGUCUACAGCAGAAUUAAGUGAAUUACUUGCUACUUGUCCAGAGGAUCAAUUAAACCAUGUAACUGAUAUGAGUUUAUACGUAGCAACAAAUUCUAUGGGUUGGGCUACACGUCAAGGAUUUAUGGCAUUUUGGAUGCUGACAGCUUAUCUCGAACCAAAUCGACUGCUUGAAUAUUUCGCUUAUUUAGGCUUCACUUAUUAUGAGUCUGGAUCAUUAUGGCCAUCCGUUGUGAAUGGUGAUUAUAAUCAUUAUGAUAGCGUUAUGCCAACUGGAAAUAAACAAACAAAUACAAAUAUGUCAUCAUUAACAUCGUCAUCAGUAAUACACAAGACGUCCGGUUUAACUGGAUCACAACUACUUGCUUCACAUCGUUCUGACUUAAGUAAAACAUCAGGUAGUAUGACUGUUGCAAAUGAAGCAUUAUUAAGAGCAAUUAUAAUUACUAAUGAUAGACGUAUAGAUGCUAUACGUCGUUCAACACAGCGUACUGUAUUCUAUUGUCGGGUUUAUGGAGCUCGUAAAGUGGGGAAAACAUGUUUAAUGCAAGGCCUACUUGGCCGUAGUUUAUGCGGUUCUGGUGGUACCGGUAUCGGUGGUAUAACUGGCCGUACAUCAAAUUGGGUAGCUGCAUCAGGUGUUCCUGUCUAUGGUCAGUCAAGAACUUUAUUAAUGCAUGAGAUCAGUGCUAGUGCGGGUGAACAAAUGUCAGCCAAUGAAGCAUUAGCAGUAGAUGUUGCCUGUUUGGUGUAUGAUGUUUCAGAUGCAGAGUCAUUUCGUUAUGUAGCAAAUAUAUUCCUUAAUUUUUAUCGUGGGACCCGAGUACCAUGUCUUUUUGUUGCUGCCAAAUCUGACCAAUCACAUGUCAUACAAAAUUAUCAAAUUGAUCCUAGUGAAAUGAUAACUAAAUAUCACUUACCACCAAUUGAAUCAUUUUCUAGUGUUUAUUUAUUACCAAAACGUAAAAAUUACUCACCACUAAAUAAUUCAUUCAAUCAUCUACCUGAUGCUACUACUGCUGAAACUACUAAUACUAGUAGUGGUAAUGAACCUGAUGGUACCAAUACUGCUACACCGUCGACACGAAGACGUGCUGGUUCAGCCGAUCCUAUUUAUAGAUCUUCAAUCACUGGUAAUACAUUAACAAAUAAUGUCAAUCGAUCACUGCUUAAUUCACAUGACUCAACGUCGUUAGAAAAUUCAUUGAAUGGUGUUUGUGAUAGUUCACAUUUGGUUACGAAUGGAUCACGUAGCAGACAUCAUUCACGUUCCGAUUUAUAUAAUAAUACUAAUCGUAAUUUAAAAAGUCAGACUGAACCAGAUUUUUGUUCUGUAUACAUAUUGUUGUGUACAAUGGCAAAUUAUCCGCAUUACCGCGGAUUUGAAUUAGCGCAAACGGAUCAUGCGUGGAAAUGGACAUUAGCAGCGACUGUCUUAGCAGGAUUUGGAUUUUUCGCGUUUCAAAUGGCGAAAACCCACUUGUAGUAUAUACAUAUUCACACACAUUUCUUUCCCCUGUAUUAUAUUAUUAUCUUCGAAGUGGUCUCAACCAGUUGUCUGCACGCUUUUCCACACUUUCUGAUGACGACUCAUUACAACAUUGCUACAUAUUUAGGCGGACAAAUUCCAGGAAGUAAUAAAUUGUUUAGAAGAUUAUUGUUCACAGUAAUUGUAAUAACUAUCGUCACUUAUAAACCACAAUCCUUAAAGUAUAUAAAUAUACAUAACCCAAUAGUCAUCGGGGUUUUCCAGAAUA